AUGUGUCGCUACAGUGUUCUACUUCUAGUCGCUGCUCAACUGGCGAUCUUCAUCAGUGCCUUCCCACAAAAUGAGGCGAGCCUUCCAGAUGGUUCAAAAAAGUUUCUGACGGGAAAAGACUAUGAGCAUGGGGACCAUGUUCCUGAUGACGAAAUGACCCGCGAGGAAUCAAUCGACAAGGUCGAAAAAGAAAGAACUGAGAUUAUUGAAGCUAACUUAAAGGAUCCGAAUAUCAUCGAGGGAGAUAUCAUUGUUCCACCAAAUGCGAACGGUUCUAUUCAUCGUAGAUCAGUCUAUUCUGAUGAACGUAUGCUUUGGCCGAAUGGGCGAGUUCCAUAUGAAAUCAGAUCUUCGUACGACAGCAAACAGUAA